GUUCCUUGAGGGCUUUGAUGAUCAGGGCAGAGACAGAAGGUACUACCUCAAUCUAUGCCUGCCUGUUCUGAAUGGUUUCACUGUAAUCCUCAGAUCCUUCAAGUCACUGAUUGCCCUAACGAUGUCAUUACCAAUGUGUUUUGGAGACAGACACAGGGGGUUGAUCUUAGGGGCCAGCACAGAUGUGGCACCAACAUCAUUCCUGGUGCAUCUCAGACUUUAAUCUCAUUGGGGUCAAAUUUAGGCUGCAUGGUGGAGGUAGCUGGUGUUAGAUGAACCUAGAUUCAGGACGACCAAAGAAAGUUGCACAUUGGCCUACUCUGAGCUGAAAAUUGAAAGGUGGGGCACCUUUCUCAUGGCAGACACAGGCAUAGCUGAGCAAGUCCAAAUGCACAAGCACAGGCCUAGCCCCUGCUUGAAUCACAUCUGCUAAUGCCCAGCUGUCUGGAGCAAGUGAGAUGACCUACCCUAAAGCCAAGUUGAAGGAAGUACACUCUGCCCACCAUGAGGCCACAGCAAGGGGGGGUAUGCAGCAGAGGAGUGAAGAACUGGUACCAAUAAUUAGAUCCACACAGGAUAAAGGUCGUUUGGAAACCAUUGAGCUCUGGCCGCAUUAGUUACUAUGGUUACUAUUACUAUUAUUAGUUACUACUAUUAUCACCUGUCCAGAAGACCAGGCAUCCUAAGCCAAGUUGUGUCACAGACAGCUCUCAGGAAAGAAUCAGCUCUCAGGAAAGAAUCACUUGACUAAAUGCCAAAGAUCAGGUUUGGGAUCUGCAAUUCAAAACUGCAGUUUGGGGAUAAAAAAGAUUAAAUGUAGCACAAAACAACCACACUAUCCUCCCAAAGCCCCUUCCAGGCAGCUCCAGGGCCGGCCCGGCAGAUCAAUAGCAAUCUGGGGUGCUAGAGAGGGCGCCAUCUGAGUAGUUCGGAUGAACUGAACGUGAUGAGUUGCCGGCUGCUUCCUGAGUCCUUGGGGAAGUACAUGCACCAUCCACUUAGCGCUGGAGCCUGGCUGUUCCCCGGGCACUCCUACCCCAUCUUCCUGGCGGGGCUUAGAUGCUCCUGGCUCUUCCAACGGCUCCUCUUGCCCUGCAAGCUCCAGGGAGGAUGGAGGCCUCCGGGCACCCCCGGGCCAGGAGAUGCUGCCCAGAGGCUCUGGGAAAGCUCUUCCCCGGCCUCUGCUUCCUCUGCUUUCUGGUGACCUACGCCCUGGUGGGUGCUGUGCUCUUCUCUGCCAUUGAGGACGGCCAGGUCCUGGUGGCAGCAGAUGAUGGAGAGUUUGAGAAGUUCUUGGAGGAGCUCUGCAGAAUCUUGAACUGCAGUGAAACAGUGGUGGAAGAUAGGAAACAGGAUCUCCAGGGGCAUCUGCAGAAGGUGAAGCCUCAGUGGUUUAACAGGACCACAAACUGGUCCUUCCUGAGCUCGCUCUUUUUCUGCUGCACAGUGUUCAGCACUGUGGGCUAUGGCUACAUCUACCCGGUCACCAGGCUUGGCAAGUACUUGUGCAUGCUCUAUGCUCUCUUUGGUAUCCCCUUGAUGUUCCUCGUUCUCACGGACACAGGCGACAUCCUGGCAACCAUCUUAUCCACAUCUUAUAAUCGGUUCCGAAAAUUCCCUUUCUGUACCCAUCCCCUCCUCUCCAAGUGGUGCCCCAAAUCUCUCUUCAAGAAAAAACCGGACCCCAAGCCUGCAGAUGAAGCUGUCCCUCAGAUCAUCAUCAGUGCUGAAGAGCUUCCAGGCCCUAAACUUGGCACAUGUCCUUCACGCCCAAGCUGCAGCAUGGAGCUGUUUGAGAGACCUCAUGCGCGAGAGAAACAGAACACAUUGCAACUGCCCCCACAAGCCAUGGAAAGGAGUAACUCGUGUCCCGAACUGGUGUUGGGGAGACUCUCAUACUCCAUCAUCAGCAACCUGGAUGAAGUUGGACAGCAGGUGGAGAGGUUGGACAUCCCCCUCCCCAUCAUUGCCCUCAUUGUUUUUGCCUACAUUUCCUGUGCAGCUGCCAUCCUCCCCUUCUGGGAGACACAGUUGGAUUUCGAGAAUGCCUUCUAUUUCUGCUUUGUCACGCUCACCACCAUUGGGUUUGGGGAUACUGUUUUAGAACACCCUAACUUCUUCCUGUUCUUCUCCAUUUAUAUCAUCAUUGGAAUGGAGAUUGUGUUCAUUGCUUUCAAGUUGGUGCAAAACAGGCUGAUUGACAUAUACAAAAAUGUUAUGCUAUUCUUUGCAAAAGGGAAGUUUUACCACCUUGUUAAAAAGUGAAGGUUUCAUUAUCUCUCAGGUGACUGACACUGGCUGAGGCUGGUUUUCUUGUGUUGUCUGUCAGGGUCAUGCAGCCUGUCACCUGAGACCUUCAGUCUUGGAGACAAAUCCCUUAUGAGAGCCAAGUUCAGUCUUGAGGCCCUGCAGAAAUUUGGCCAAUGCUCUUUGUAUCAGGGCAUUAGUGAAAAAAAACUAUCACCAUUCCCCAAAGUCCAAUUAAUUUAUCUGUCUUCCUUUUUUAAAAGCACCACUCAUGUAGAUGGAGCAACCUUAUGGAUGUCCCUGCUUUUCUUGAAAUAUGAGAAACAAAACACCUUUAUUCUUGGAAGUUGUACUUUUAGUUAAAUUAAAAUCUUCCUGAACUGUUCUUUGUUACCUGAAAAAGAACUAGUGCGAACAACCUCUUUCUUGAAUGACCGCAUGAGUGCAUGUAAGACCAACCCAAUCCCAGCCCCUGCAAAAUACAUAGAUGCCGGGUGUCACCAAAAUGGCAAAGUAGAAGCAAUCUGGCUUCACUGUCCUCCAUAGAAAACUAAAAACAAUGAUCUAGUGCCAAGAUGAUAAUUACCAAUAUCCCAGAACUCAAAAUGAGGCUGUGACAAAACCUGGGGCCACAGAAAAGUGAAAACCUGUGAACAGAAGGUAGUAAAAUGGACUCCUCUGUGACAUCCCUUCCCCAAACUGUAAGUCACUACACAGAAAAGUUCCCUGGACAUUUCUACACUGGGAAAAAUAAGAUCAAGGCAGCCAGCCAGCUUCCUCAUCAUCUUGACUACCUACUCAGGAAAGUUUUCCUGCCUCAACCCACAGGAAGAAUCAUGAAUACCUAUAGGGUGAGGGACCCCUGAAAGCCUCUGGCGUCACAUAGACAGUGGAGGUGGGGCUACCAGCCCAGUGUGUGAAACUCUGGGGCUACUCUUCAUCUCAGACAAACAAAACACUGAAUCAGAGAGGUGGUUCAGCAGCAUCACAUUGUAAGAUGCACUCUCCACAGGCCCUCUGGGCAUGAACCCCUAGCCAGCCUCCCCACAGAGCUGCAGAAUCCCCUUUGGUGCCCUUUAUCUGUGAAAAGGCAGAGCUUUGAACUUUUGCAAGAGUCAUGACAAACCUGGGCUUAGGGUGCUAUUUAGUGCUGAAAAGGAGGCAGUGAUCUAGAGCUAAAGGAACCAAUAGGCCAAAUGCACAGAACAUCUAAACACACAUAUGCUAAAGAGACCAAACUAACCCAGGCAGCAAAGACUGGAAUAAAUAACUAAACCUUCAAUGUGAAGACAUAUGUGUACAUGCAUAAGAAACUGCUAACACCAGGAACGAUGACUUCUUCAAAUGGACAAAGCAAGGAGCCAGUGAGUGACUGACCCAAGCAAGAUGGCAAUCUGUGAGCUCUCAGAUCAGGAAUUCAAAAUAGCAGUCUUGAGGAAACUCAGCAAACUCCAAGGUAACACAGAAAAGCAAUUCAGAAACUUAUCAGAGGAAUUUAACAAAGAGAUUAAAAUAAUUUUUAAAAUAUCAAACAAAAAUAUUGGAACUGAGAAGUACAUUAGCUGAACUAAAAAACAUAUCACAAAGUCUCAACAACAGAACAGACCAAGCAGAAGAAAUAAUUAAUGAACUCAAAGACAGGCUAUUUGAAAAUAUACAAUCAGAGGAGAGAAAAGAAAACAGAAUGAAAGGACUGAAGAAUGUCUACAAAAUCUAGAAAAUAGCCUCAGAAGAGCAAAUCUAGAAGUACUGGCUUUCAAGAGGGAAUUAAGAAAGAGCGAGGGGGCAGAAGGCUUAUUCAAAGAAAUAAUAACAGUAACCUUUCAAAGUCUAGAGAAAAAUAUAAAUAUGCCAGGUACAGGAAAGUC